UUAAUCUACUAUUUUUGAAUAGUAGUAGCUGCCAGUAAAUCAGAACUAAUUUAUCAGCUCGAGUUCGUCAACCAGCACCAGGAGCCACCUGGCGCUAUGAAGGGCACGAGCCGCCUCUGCUGGCCGUUGCAGCUGCUGCUGUUGCUGGCAACCACGACUACUACGGUUGCAGGCCAGAAAAUUACAGGCGAGUGCCGCUCUGAUGAGUUCAAGUGCAAAGCUACCGGCCGAUGCUUAGGCGAGCGAUGGCGGUGCGAUGGACUCAUCGACUGCGGCGACGGCGACGACAGCGACGAGCGCGACUGCUGCACCGGCAACCACUUCCUGUGUGACAACGGUAGAUGUAUCCAGCAGCGUUUGGUGUGUGACAACUUCGUCAAUAACUGCGGGGACUGGAGUGAUGAAAAACAUUGCGUUUGCAGCUCAGGUCUGUUCAAGUGUUCCAACAAUGGCCGCUGUAUACCGGCAUCGUGGCGCUGCGAUGGAACGAACGACUGCGGCACCGACAGUGGCAACGACGACAGCGAUGAACGCGGCUGCGCAAACCGACCACCUCCAGAAGUCACCCGCUUGAGUGUCGUUCCUGCAGUCACCUCCGCCAGCGUUUCUUGGAUGGCGCCGAGGGGAGAACUUUUCAACAUAAAAUUGAUGGGCAGAGACUCAGCCUAA